CACCUGGAUUUUUCGCCGACACUCUGCUAAUUCUGCCCCAUAUCGCCCCUCCAUUCAUCGCAUCUACCGAGUCUCUGUCUUGCCUUCAUUGACUACUGUCACAAGCCAACCCCACCAUAGCCUCCAUCUCGUGGUUGGUGUAACACUGCGCCAAAGGGAAGUGUAUACUUGCCCGCUCGUAUACUCCGCGCCGGAAUAUUGCCUACCGAGGUCGCAUUGCGAGUUUGACCAUAUCAGAGGUCGCCCCUAAUCAUUGACAACUAUGCGAUCAUAUUAAUCUGGUUGAAUCGCAUAGUAGGGAAACCCACAUAUGCAGUAUUAGCUUCCUCGGUUCUGCGAGACCCCAGCCACGACUCAUCCUUGCACAGUUGUCGAGGGCGGAUCUGUGCUUCUGCGCAUGACAUUUCUCCAACCCAAUCUGCCCAACAAUGGCCACAGAAAGCACUCAAGCCAUCGAGACAGGGGAUUCUAUGUCUUCCGACCAAGUGUCCACCAAUGCUCCGCGCCCAGUUACAUCGCACCGGCGACAGCCUUCUCAAGGAUGGUCCACUGCCGAUUACGAUCAUGACAAUGAGAACUACACCGUGGACAUGAAGAACCUCGACACACCUCUUGUACCUUACAAUAGCAAUCCCGAGAGACCACAUGGCCACCGUUCAUCUCGCUCUGGUUCUACAAAAAGCAGAGGCCGAGGUAAAAACCAUCCGGAAGAGAUCAUGGGGCGAACGGACAAGCUACCGUCGUUAGAACCAUCCUUGUGGUCCGAGGAGAAUGAGCCGCUACAGGCAACCAGCGCAAGGAAACACGGAGAUGGUGGCCCCAAGGCUUCAACGUCGAACAGCCAAAAUUCUCCCUUGAGCCGGUCGAAUACUCGACGCUCCACAGCGGACCGUGGGCGGCCCUUGGCCUCGGAUCGCUCGCCUCUCCAACUGCUAGAGGUGUCCUUGAAAGAGAAGAAGAGGGCACGAGUGUUGGAGGCUGAAAUGAGGUUGAAAGAACGGAUGCAAAAGGAGGCCGAAGGUCGAGGAGCGGCAUCUUCACAACCAUCAAACCGGGCUGACCCGAGAGUAGCAGGCCGCGAGGAUGUUCCACGAGAUAUGAGUGAGCAGACCACCAGACAUAACCAGCCGGCUACACAAGGUACCAGACGGCCGGGUCAUCGACGGCUUGCUUCUGAAAAUCGAGCAGAGUAUGGCCCCUUGGAACAAAAUCCAUACGAGAAGCCCAGAGCUUCGCGCACCAGUGCUCCAUCCCUUCCAAAUCCGCUGGCAUACUCUCCUGAUGAGGGCCCGUACUCCGGUGUGGGAAAAUCGAGUGCGGCGGUGGUAAGCAGAGGCACCGCCCCCAGACGAACAGUGACCGUGAGCCACAGAACCGGGGGACCUCCUAUGGGCCCACGAGCGAUGAACACGAGCGGUCACCAAGACUCGCGAGCCCUUGAGGCAAGAACAUUUGAUUCGGCGCCCCCAAAACAAGAUAGGAUGGUGCCGCCCACCAGGAAGAAUGUACCGAAUCAGAUGGAAUCUGGCAAACCAGGGGCGCACGCGCAGUAUGACUCGACGACCCAACAAGGUAGACCACUGCCACAAGCUGUCCCAGACGCGGGCCCCCAGAUAUCGAAGACGAUGCUACAGCGGGAUCCUGCGAAAAAUCUUGGUGGCGUUGCACCCGAGCUGUCCAUCCCAUUGGGUGCUGAUCUGAGCGCCGACCUGAGCCGAGAAACUGUUGGAACGACAACGAGUGCGCCGUCAAAACCCAAGGUCUCGUUCAAUGUACCACCACCUACCCCGCCUCCUCUAUCGGAGUGGAAGACUGCACAAGUAGCUCGACUAGGAGCAUCCGACUUUGACUUCCAGCGACUAGACGCCGAUCGAAGCAAGGCUUGGUGGGAAGGCGGAACGAGCAAUAAUCGUCGACGUAGUAGGGCAUUGCCUAGUGACUUUCCGCAGGGAACACCGACUCAAAAAUCAACAGGCAGCAAGCGCUUUCAGCCGCCGAUAUUCCUGAAAUGCGGACCCCUGCUCAGGUAUGGCGGAUUGAAGCGCAUUCGCAUUGAUGGACCCAAUGGGCCGUUCAACAAGGAGACAUGGAGAGGUAGUAUUCUUAUUGUGACGCAAGAUUCGCGCUCAUCUUACGAGCCAUGCCCGACACUGAGAUUAUUUUCGCAACCCAUGGAUCUGCUCCCCCCUCCACCAUUUCAAGUAGACGGAGAAGAAGCUCGACUCGCACCUGAGUACGUUGACCCCACAGCAGGACUCAUGAAGCUAGGGCGAGAUGGCCGCGCUCUUUAUGUCAAACCAGUGGAUCAUAUCAAGGAAGAGACAGACCUAUCACUUAUUGAGAAUGAUGAUGGCCUAUACGAGAUGUCCGCAAGCAUGGUUGACUACAGCAGUGAAGGUGUCAAACAGCCAGUCCCUGCCAAUAGAGUUCACUCCGUGGAUGGAGAAGCCGCUGGAAGUUACACCGAGGUUGCCGGAGCUCGCCUCUACGCGGACCCUGGGCGGGAUGUGACGUUCUGGAGGUUUAACAUUGAGGUCGAAUUAGGUCCUACUCAGCAGCGGAUCGCUUAUCGACUAAACCAGGGCCCUGCCAUUGGUUUCUGGGUGCCAGCACGUGGGCAACCAAUGAAUAUCAUGUUCCAUACGGGUAACGGCUUCAGCCCAGCCGUCGACUCCAACAAACUGUGCGGGCCUGAUCCGUUAUGGCGUGAUAUCUUGAAUGAGCAUCAGACCCAGCCCUUCCACGUUAUGAUUGGUGGAGGUGACCAGAUCUUUAAUGAUAAGGUCAUCGCAGAGACAGCCCAUUUCCAGGAAUGGGUAAAGAUAAAGAGCUUGGGAGAGAAGUAUGAUGCAUCAUUCACGGCCGAAUUUCGAGCCGAGCUUGAUGACUUCUAUCUUGGAAACUACUCUGCAUGGUUCUCCCAAGGACUCUUCUCCCUAGCCAGCUCUCAGAUUCCCAUGGUGAACAUGUGGAACGACCAUGAGAUCAUUGAGGGAUUCGGCUCCUACCCGGAGGAGUUUAUGAACAGCGCUGUCAUUUCGGGUCUCGGUAACAUUGCGUUCAAGUAUUAUCUCCUAUUCCAACAUCACAGUGUCCCGGAAGAAACCGAAGCGGAGGAACCGAGUUGGCUUCUUGGAGCCCAACCAGGGCCGUACAUCAACCAAAGGAGUCGACAUCUUUUCAUGUCCUUGGGUGACGGCGUAGCCUUCCUUGGACUGGACUGCCGCACGGAGCGGAUGACAGAUGAAAUCCUUAGCGAGCAAACGUGCGAUUUAAUCUGGGACCGAUGUCACCGCGAGAUAUCACGAGGCGAGACCAAGCACCUCAUCGUCUCUUUGUCUAUCCCGAUAGCGUACCCAAGAGUGGCAAUGGUCAAAAACAUCCUCAAUAGCCGCAAGUCUCUGGGUAAAGCCGGACUUUUGGGCGGCUUGGUAAACAAAACUGGCGGCAAAGUGGAGAUCUUUGACGACCAUUGGACGGCUAAACACCACAAGUCAGAGCGGACGUAUCUAAUUGAGGAUCUCCAAGAUCUGGCCGCCGAGAAGUCAGUCCGAGUGACUAUUCUGAGUGGUGAUGUCCAUCUGGCCGCCGUCGGCCAAUUCUACUCGAAUCCGAAGUUGAACAUCCCCAAGGACAAGGACUACCGAUAUAUGCCUAACGUCAUCUCCUCCGCCAUUGCGGACCUACCCGAGACGGAGAUGAUCUCCGACAUGCUAAACAAACGCAACCGAGUGCAUCACAUGGAUACCAAUACGGACGAAGACAUGGUCCCGAUUUUCACUCACGAUGUGAACAACAAGCCCCGUAACAAUAAGAGGCUUUUACCCCGGCGGAACUGGUGCUCCAUCCGUCAAUAUCAGCCAGGCUCUAUACCACCAGGAACACCGCGACCUGCAUUGAGACCAGGCGUGGAAGAGCCUCGUCCGCGUAAAUUGAAGAGGACCUUAUCGUUGACGCGGGGGGAUAAGCCUCCCAGCGGAGGCCUGUUCCGCCGUCUUUCUGGUCGCGGCCCACCACCUACGAGGGAUUUCAAUCUAGGCGAGGCCCCGGUAGGCCGGCGUAUGAGCAUGGAUGGAACCUUCCCCUCGAUUGAAACUGGGGAUGGCUAUUUCCAGUCGAAGGAAUUCCAGCCUGGACCUUUACAACGCCGGCCCACGAAUCUGAGCCAGAAGGCGGGCAAUCGUGGCAUGGAUACAUUUAUCGACAUGGAAGAGGGACUGGCUAUUACGCUUAACCUGGAGCUCAACCCGAAAGAUCCAGCUGGUAUCACCGCCCCAUACAAGCUUCUGGUACCCCCGCUCCGCUACGAGGGGAUGGACUUUGACCUACCAGCGGCCCCAGUCGCCAAGGGAUGGAAGAAAUGGUUGGGAGUGCGGGGAGCAAAGCGAGAGAAACUGCCGGCGGAGGAUACAGAGGUAGAGGAUGGGGAUGGGCUGAGUGAUGAGGAGGAGGACGACGAAGGUGAUGAUAACUUUGAAAAUCCUCGAGAGAUGAUAUAUGGUGGGGUAGUGAGGGAGAGUAAUGGAAUAGGACCGGCCGGGCUGGUGGGCGCAAGCGCUGAGGAUGUGGAGGGGGAGGAGGGUGAUAAGGAGGAGACUACACCUUCCAAGCGGAAGAAAUGGUUUGGACGAUCCAAGUGAGGGGAAGGGGCGAAUGAGGCGUGACGACUUGACGACCGAUACUUGAUGAUGACUGAUGAACGAGCAUAACGACGGACGGAGGUAUACGUAUACGUAAGUGACUUGGAGUGUAACAAUGUUACUACUGAGUACUGUAGAUAGAUAAUCUGAUCGAUAAUCAAAG